CUCUGGAAGAAAUGGUCAGUUCGACAUCGCAAGCCCACACAUGGGUCUAAUUUAGAAAAUGAAUAGCGAAGUUGGCGCGCGGUUCGAGAGUCAUCAGACAGGGCCUGGGGUUCAACUCGGAUUUGCACUGAGUACUCCGUGUCCAUUUGGUACUUAACGUGCAGAGGCAGCUAGAUAACCGUUCUAUGAGCCAUUGGGAAUGAGAUUGGACCACUUCAAAUGUCAAUAAAGGUUGAAAACUCACAUAAUGUUGGUCUGGUGACUUGCUUGAGACGUCAAUCUGCAGUUGCGUCGUUCCCAUACUAGCUUGUACCGCAAUUGACACACGUGACUUGAUCAAGGGCUAUGAUUCGCCAGUUGCGAUAUGUACUGGGAACGAGGGUGAACUCUGACUUCCUGUGCCUGUUACCGCGAAGUUCGGCGUGUGUUUACAUCAGUCCUUUUAAUAUCUGUCACUACUAUCACGAGUCUGAAAAGAAAUUCUACUUCAACGACAUGAGGGACAAACGGGGUGUGUUCAGGGGAGCAUGCCUCUCCUGUACAGAAUGCGAAGACUUCGAGACCGACGAUGGGAAGACUUCUUGUGGAUAUUGUGGUUGCCCGCCUGCCAGCCACACAAGACAAGCCUGCGCCAGCGCGUCCACGCCUGAGGAUGCGCCCUCGUCGGAUGCAAACAAUUUGUUCCACAAGGUAGGGAACCCAUAUCUAUUCCAUCAAAUUAUUGAAGAGACACACGUGGGCGCGCUUCCAGUCGUCCGGGACAACCCCUUGGUCAAGAGAGGCUUGAUACAGGAAGUACGUGAGGAGGCAGGACCGAGAGAGAGGGAUGCAGCGGACGUAAGGAAUGAGGGGAGGAUGUCAGAGGAGAGACAGAGGAAGCUGGGCUUGACACCACAUGCGACAUCGGGCAAGACCAAGUACGCUAACAGCAUCCUGCCCAACUUUUACCACAAGUAUUACCCGGUUUGCUUGGACGACUCGUUGUUUUACAAACAUUUCUUCGUCGAGAGAAACCGGCAGUUUGGGAUAAAAACGAAAGUGGAGAACACGACUCGUUGUUUUACAAACAUUUCUUCGUCGAGAGAAACCGGCAGUUUGGGAUAA